AUGGGACCCCCUAAAAAGUUCAGGAAAUAUGACUCCAAAGGUGGAAGCGACAGAUCUGGUAAAAAGAAGAAAAUAGAUGAAGAAGUGACAAUAGAUUUAGUGGAUGAUGACAACCCUGAAAGUUCUGGCGUGCCGGGAGCAGCUCUGCAGGAUGCUGAGAAAAACGACCAGGUCCCAGAAGAUGAGUUUGGAGCUAAAGACUACAGAAAUCAAAUGGAACUCAAACCUGAUAAUGCCAGUCGUCCACUAUGGGUGGCUCCAAAUGGUCAUAUAUUUCUCGAGUCAUUUUCGCCAGUGUAUAAACAUGCUCAUGAUUUUUUAAUUGCUAUUGCUGAGCCGGUGUCAAGGCCUCAACACAUACAUGAAUAUAAAUUAACAGCGUACAGUUUAUAUGCAGCCGUUUCUGUGGGUUUACAAACAAAUGACAUCAUUGAAUAUUUGCAACGUCUCAGUAAAUGUAAUGUUCCCGCCGGUAUUAUAGAAUUCAUCACACUUUGUACUUUGUCUUAUGGCAAAGUUAAGCUUGUAUUGAAACAUAACAGAUAUCUAGUAGAGAGUAAGCAUGUGGAUGUUCUUCAGAAGCUCCUCAAGGAUCCUGUGAUCCAGCAGUGUAGACUGAGACGAGACGGUGAUGAGGAACUGGUGACCUCCGCUCUACCUACAGCAGCACCCGCGCCGCCCGGGACCGCUGUUAAGACUGGUGAGGAAAAACCUGCAGCUAAUGGUGCAGUUCCUGAAGACAUCAGCCAGUUCUACCAACAACUGGAUAAAGAUGAUGAGGACGAGGAGACAACUGACAUCACCGCUAAGAACACCGCUGUUGCCUUUGAAGUUGAUCCAGACAAGAUUGAGGUGAUACAAAAACGUUGCAUCGAGUUAGAGUAUCCGUUGCUGGCGGAGUACGACUUCCGCAACGACGCCGUCAACCCUGACAUUAACAUUGACCUGAAACCUACGGCGGUGCUGCGACCCUACCAGGAGAAGAGUCUCAGGAAGAUGUUCGGCAACGGACGAGCCAGGUCAGGUGUGAUAGUGUUGCCGUGCGGCGCGGGCAAGUCCUUGGUGGGUGUGACGGCGGUGUGCACGGUCCGCAAGAGGGCGCUGGUGUUGUGUAACUCAGGAGUGUCCGUGGAGCAAUGGAAACAACAGUUUAAAUGUUGGUCCACCGCCGACGACAGUAUGAUAUGCAGGUUCACGUCGGAGGCGAAGGACAAGCCGAUGGGCGCGGGCAUCCUGAUCACGACGUACUCCAUGAUCACGCACGGCCAGCGGCGCUCGUGGGAGGCGGAGCAGACCAUGAAGUGGCUGCAGGCGCAGGAGUGGGGGCUCGUGGUGCUCGACGAGGUGCACACCAUCCCCGCCAAGAUGUUCAGGAGGGUGCUCACCAUCGUGCACUCGCACGCCAAGCUAGGAUUAACGGCGACCCUCCUCCGCGAGGACGACAAGAUAGCCGACCUGAACUUCCUCAUCGGACCCAAGCUGUAUGAAGCCAACUGGCUGGAGCUGCAGGCCAACGGGUACAUCGCGAGGGUGCAGUGCGCGGAGGUGUGGUGUCCCAUGACGCCCGAGUUCUACCGGGAGUACCUCGUGCAGAAGAUCAAUAAGAAAAUGUUGCUGUACGUAAUGAACCCUUCCAAGUUCCGCGCGUGUCAGUUCCUGGUGCGUUACCACGAGCGGCGCGGCGACAAGACCAUAGUGUUCUCGGACAACGUGUUCGCGCUCCGACACUACGCCGUCAAGAUGAACAAGCCCUACAUCUACGGGCCCACGUCACAGAACGAGAGGAUACAGAUACUACAGAACUUCAAGUUCAAUCCUAAAGUCAACACGAUAUUCGUCAGUAAAGUCGCCGACACGAGCUUCGAUCUGCCCGAAGCGAAUGUUCUCAUACAAAUAUCCUCGCAUGGCGGCUCUAGGAGACAGGAAGCGCAACGACUGGGUCGUAUAUUAAGAGCUAAGAAGGGUGCCUUAGCGGAGGAGUACAACGCAUUCUUCUACACUUUAGUGUCACAGGACACGUUAGAGAUGGCGUACAGUCGAAAAAGACAGCGGUUCCUUGUGAACCAAGGUUACAGUUAUAAGGUGCAUUGGGUCAUUACAGAAUUAAAGGGUAUGGACCAAGAGCCUGAUCUGUUGUACGGAACGCGGGAGGAACAAGGGAUGCUGCUACAACAAGUCCUGGCGGCGUCAGAGACGGACUGCGAGGAGGAGCGGGAGGGAGGGCCGGGGGGUGCGGGGAGCGCGGGGGGCGCCAGGCGGACCGCGGGGUCACUGGCCUCUCUGGCCGGGGCGGACGAUGCGCUGUACCUGGAACACAGGCGCUCCUCACACCACAACAAACAUCCGCUGUUCAAGAACGAGAACGAGACGGGUGGAGUGCCGGAGUGGGCGAUAGUGGAGCUGCAGGGUCUCGUGCAGGUUGAGAGAGAUGAUGACGGGCCCGCGGUGGUGGGGGACCUGCAUUACUUUAAGAGAAACAGACACCCCGUGCUCAUACUGGGACACCACGUGCUCACCGGCAAGGAAGUCAAGCUGGAACAACCGAUGGCCGUCAUGGAGAAGACUGUGGACGGUCAUAACACUUCAUACACAGUCAAAGCGAUCGUUAAAAAGAAACUACUAUUCAAAUCGAGACCGAAACCCAUCAUAUCGAACGCGGCGUCCAGGCUGGCCCGGAGCGACUCCUGGCCCUCCACGGAGGUCCAAAAAGCACCUUCAACUGUAGUGUUCUUUAAAUUUAAAAUGAAUGGCGAGAACGAGGAAGCGGAUUUAUACUAUUAUGGAUUAGAGGAAAGUGAGCGAAGUCUUCCUCGUUGCGAGGCGGGCGAUGUGUGUUCGGUGUUGCUGCGCCGCUACUGGCGCGCCCCGGCCUUGGUGCGUCUGUGUCGGUGUUCGCGACGCACGCGCUGCGAUAAGAUCGCGUCAGGAGACAGACUAGUUGAACUAAACAAUCGAUCAGACUUGCAGUUCUGCAAUCCGGUCACAGACUGGCCGGAGUGUUCUAUCAACGAAGCGCCUCUCAAGGUCGAAACUACCUACGAACGUAUGAGUCCCGACGAAAUCGAACUAUUACACCACCAGAACAUACAACUAACGCCACCGAGAAUACGACUUCAAUGUCUGUGUCCGAAACCAAACUAUUGGAAGUUAAAAACCGAAGACAACGAUACAAAUCUAACAUAUCGCUGCUCAUCCCUGCCUCUUUGCAAAACUGGUGAUGUCUGCGGGAACGUGGACGACGUCCUCCUAUCUCUUUAUCAGUCGUGCCUGUGUCCUAAGCACCAUAUAUGCGUGCACAGCGGCGGCAGGACACAGGUUCAAAUCUCGGAGCUGCUGUACCGAGGGAGGGGCUGGCGUGCUCACUGUCAACGUGUCAAUGACGAGUAUAGCUAUGAAGAUUACUGA